AGUCCAUCUCACUUCAUCAGCGAUCAGCUGCGCUCAUAUUUAUUCCUCACCUGUUAUCAUGGGCCUUUCUUGAACUCCCAAUUCCCCAACAUUCUCUGUAUCCAUGGCCGCGCCGUGUGUCCUUUUCCAGACUGGUACCGAUCCUUUCAACUCCAAUUAUGAAGACUUAGAAGGCAGAGUUGCGUUCACCAUGGCACUUGCAUCCCACACUCCAAACCUGGUCGUGCGACUGACGCGCGAAGCACCUUGGGCAGAGCAGCAUCCAACUAUCAUGGGUCCGGAAAGGUCGUAUUUCUACUUUGGACCUCAGGUGACGCCUGGAUAUGUUGUUUACGGAAACAAUCAUAUAACACUACCCAUGCCUCACCUCUGCCGUCUACAAAAAGAGGGAAGCAAUUCUCGAUACUUUACUGCACAGUCAGGUCGAGCCUACAAAUGGAGAAUUUCACCACAACGUAUGGAGUGUAUUGACGGUCGACUAUGCCUUGCCGUCUGGGAGCUUCUUUCCUCACCCGAGAGCGACUACCAAGCUCGUGUGACUCUGAGUCCGGCAGCAAUGGGUUUUGUCACGGAAAUAAUGACAACACUCAUACUGAACAGAAUGUAUAUUUGGUCGAAUUGGUAGACUGCAGUCUACAGGAUCCGUCGACGGUCGCAUAUGACCGACGAUACUCCACGGACAUUGGACAACAGCACAUGCUGUCGGGAUCACCGACUUGCCCUUGCUGUCCCUUCUAUUCCUCCUUAUCGAUGCAUCACUCGGAAGCGCGAAUUCCAGCUGUCGAGUAGCUGGGAAUCAUUCCCUCGUUCCCUCGUUUCUCCACACAUAACAUUUGCCACCCGACAGCAAUCAUAAUACGAGGGGAUCGAGAGUUGUACGCCACCAUCACCCUCACAAAUUUCCAUUUCGAUAGCAAGACGCAUAUUUGUGAUGAUCACGAAAAAUUUCCAACAGAAGAACAGUUGCUACAGUAUCAGUUUUGUUUUCGUCUUCGUCAUGCUCUCUUGUGACCGACCCAUAUAUGUAUUCGUAUACCACACGAAUAUGUUAAUAUACCGCACGAUACCAGGUUCCCUUGCCAUUCUAAAUAGAUGGAAUUCAGGUCGUUUGUCG